AUGACAAAUAUUGAGGAAGAAGAAAGGAUUGAGUAUGUUGAGCUUGAAUUUGAUCUUGAGGAAGAAGUUAUCAAGGAUCAUGCCAUUAUAGAAGAUGUUGAGUUUCUCCUGAAAUCUCAAGAAUCAAAUAUGAAGUCUCUAAUCAACAAUGCAGUUACACAUUUGGAGAUUCAUCUUACAGAUUCUAUUGUCAAAAAGAUUCAAGAUUUUGUUGAUUUGGUUACAAAGGAAGUCAAGAAGCUUGAUAAGUUUUGCCUUGGAAUUAAACAUAAUGUUGAUGUUAUUCUUACUGCUUCAAGAACAUUGAUCGAAGUCAUUCGUGCUUUCCAUAAGGAUUAUGAGGAAGAGCUGAAGCUGAAGAAAGAAUCUAUUGAGAAUACAUUCAGAGGCAACGAGAAUACAGUUACUUAUUUUCAUGAUCAAUAA